AUGCACGAGCCGCACAAAUGCCAUCGCUUGCAGCUCUGUGACCUUUUCCCUCCAGGGCACGCGAUCCAGCACUUGAUGUGGCAAGACCAUCGACAGAUCAAGAUGCUCAGCCACGUGGAUGCGAGCAACCUCUACAGUCGUUGGGUCACGUACUUCAACGUCGCUAAGCGGGUCUGCGAGGUGGCGGUGUGGGCGCUCCAAGCAGAUCGAAGAGGCCCGGACGACGGACGAGGUGCUUCAGCGCGAGGCGAAGGCACUUCCUGUACUGAGUUGGGAAUCAACCUCACCCUCCGACUGGGACUCUUGGAUUUGGCAGAUUGGCAAGAUGAAGAGAAGCUUCGAGAUGGCAAGGCCUAUCGGCUAAAGCUGCCCUGGGAUACUGAAUUACUUUGGUAUCCACACUUUAUGUCGGAGACUGAAGCAGAUGAGCUCGAGGAUCUGAGAAUUACUAUGACCUACUUCUUCCAGACCCCCAGCGGGGUGACACAGGAGACCGUGAACCGCAAGGGUCAAGCGCGGAUUUGUUCCGAACAACACGCGCAGAACAAAGCGCACAGCGCAAAGGACAACUCCCGGGACAAGUCCCAAUUGUAUGUCUCGGAGAAGAUGGACUCCUGGUCUCGAGCGCUGAUGCACCGCGUGGAACAUGCCAGCGAGAGUGUCUUCAACGCGAUUUGGUUCAACCACUACCGCGAUGGCACGGUCACCAUCCAUUGGCACAGCGAUGGCAACGAGGGUCUGGGCCCUGAUCCCAUCAUCGCUUCACUCUCCCUGGGCGCCACCCGGGACUUUGCGUUCAAGAGCAAGCGGGAAUGGCGAGGGCUUCGCAAAGCGAACGAUGGAUCCAUGUUCCACAGCAACAACAUCAUCCACAUCACCCUGCCCCUGUUUCACGGCUCCCUCUGCGUGAUGGGUAAGAACUCCCAGCGCCACUGGUUGCAUGCCGUCCCGGCCAUGGAGGGUAUCCACCGCGAACGCACGAAUCUCACCUUCCGCUUCUGGGCCUUGGAGGGCUUUGAGACCAUCGAUGCAGCCGAGGCUCAGGCAGACACCCAACGUCAGUUUCGACUCCGGCUCACGCCCUCCCAACGCUUGGCGCAGCGCCGUGCACGACCGGUGAUCCUCGAUGCACCUCGCGAUGCGAAGACGACGGUGGAGGAGAUGCUGAGACGACUGGAGAAUCUUCUGCCACCAGGUCUAGGGGAGGUGGGGAUGGUGGGGAUGGCUGGUGGAUGGUGGGGAUGA